CUGUGUCUGGUGAAACAGUCAAAUGAAAUGAAGGCAACGCCCGCCGUGCGUAGAUAAAGACCAAAACUUCAUGUUUAUAAAAAUUAAACACUUGAGCCACUAGGUAGCAGCACAAGCAACUGCACCAACUCGACCCUUCCAAAGGCCAAUUUUCUAAAUUGUGACUAUAGGCGAAUGCAAUAUACAACUGUAACACCCCAGCAAAUCACACGAUGUUGAAUAUGUUGGCAUUAGCCCUCGUAGUAGUAAUAAUAACCGUAGCUGUUGUACCUCAUCAAACCCUUUCCGCCACAACACCAAAACAAGCCCUCCCUGGCUGCAAAUCCACCUGUGGAAAUGUCCAAAUUCCUUAUCCAUUCGGCAUAGGUAACUCUUCAACACCCGGUCACCGACCCUGUUUCUUGGAUCGCAAAUUCAAGCUUACUUGUGAUGGCUCCAUAUUAUAUUAUGGUAAUGUAAGAGUUUCAAACAUCAGCUUCCUAAGUCAUCAAAUAGACCUAUUGGCCUCUUUCGCAUCGCUUUGCCACCAGCAAAACGGAAGCGAACUCCCCAAGUCCUACCAUCUUCGCACUGGCAGUUUCAGCAUUUCAAGCAACGAAAACAAGUUACUAACCGUUGGCAGCGAUAGCUAUGGCUACGUAAAUAGUUAUUUCAACGGGGAGUCAUAUUCAACUGGGUGCUUAACGAGCUCUCAUGGCAACACAAAGAGGAUCAAAAACGGAACGUGCUCGGGCAUAGGGUGUUGCCAGGUGGAUAUUCCUCCUGGAAUGAGGAACAUCACUCUGCGGGCAAGAGUUUUCCACAAUUCAACGCUAGAUUGGGGAAACUGCAGCUAUUCAUUUGUAGUCAAAAAUGGCUUUUAUAAUUUUUCUACUACUGACAUACAAAGCUUCCCACACAAGAAGAUCCCAUUGGUUCUGGAUUGGACCGUGGGAAACAAAAGCUGUGAUGAUUCCAAUAGUAAAGGCAAUGAGGCCUGCAAGUGGAAUAGCUAUUGCGACGACAAGGACACUGAUUUUGGUUAUCGAUGCAGAUGUAAAGAUGGCUAUGAAGGAAACCCAUAUCUUGGCUGUACAGACAUUGACGAAUGUAAGACAGACAAUCAUACAUGCAUAAGUGAACAAAAUUGUGUCAACACCAUUGGAUCCCAUACAUGUUUCUGUCCAAAGGGGCUUUCCGGAAAUGGAACAAAGGAAGAAGGGUGCCACAAACGAGAUGUAGUUCCGAAGGUUGUCAUAGGAGUAGGAGCAGCAAUUGUUAUUCUGUUUGUGGGCACUACCUCAUUGUACUUGAUAUACCAGAAAAGGAAACUCGUCAAACUUAGAGAGAAAUACUUUCAGCAGAAUGGUGGUUCCAUUUUGCUACAGCAACUCUCUACAAGUGAAAACUCCUCCCGAAUUACUCAAAUUUUCACAGAAGAAGAACUAAAGAAAGCAACCAACAACUUCGACGAGAGCUUAAUCAUUGGUAGUGGAGGUUUUGGAACUGUUUUCAAAGGAUAUCUUGCAGAUAACAGAGUUGUUGCUGUCAAAAAGUCCAAAAUAGUUGAUGAAAGCCAAAAGGAACAAUUCAUUAACGAGGUGAUUGUUCUAUCCCAAAUCAAUCAUAGGAAUGUGGUCAAACUCUUGGGAUGCUGUUUAGAGAGAGAAGUUCCUUUACUGGUUUAUGAAUUUGUUAAUAAUGGUACCCUUUAUGAUUUUAUACACACUGAAAGAAAGGUAAAUAAUGAAACUUGGAAAACCCAUCUGAGGAUAGCAGCAGAGUCAGCUGGAGCACUAUCAUAUCUUCACUCAGCAGCCUCAAUACCAAUUAUCCACAGAGAUGUCAAGACUGCUAACAUACUCUUGGAUAACACUUAUACUGCCAAAGUGUCUGAUUUUGGAGCUUCAAGAUUGGUACCAAUUGAUCAAACAGAAAUAGCCACAAUGGUGCAAGGAACUUUUGGUUACCUGGAUCCAGAGUACAUGCGUACAAGCCAACUAACUGAGAAAAGUGAUGUCUAUAGCUUUGGGGUAGUGCUUGUAGAGUUGCUAACGGGGGAGAAACCUUAUUCUUUUGGCAAACCAGAGGAGAAAAGAAGUCUUACUAACCACUUUUUGUCUUGCUUGAAAGAGGAUCGCCUGUUUGAUAUUGUUCAAAUUGGCAUUGUGAAUGAAGAAAAUAAAAAGGAGAUCAUGGAGGUUGCUAUUCUUGCUGCAAAGUGCUUGAGACUCAACGGGGAGGAAAGGCCUAGCAUGAAGGAAGUGGCAAUGGAGUUGGAGGGAAUAAGGAUAAUGGAGAAGCAUCCCUGGAUUAAUACAGACCAAAAUGUUGAGGAGACUCAACACCUUCUUCACGAGGCAUCAUCUAGCAUUUAUGAGCUUGGUGAUAGCAGCAGCCAUCAAUAUGCUGGGUAUGAUAGCAUUAGGGAUCAUGUACUGAUUGCUUUGGAUGAUGGAAGAGCAGCCCAAGUUGUGAGUGAUAAAAUUGAGUCCAAGAAAACAAUGGGAUUGAAUGUCCCGCAGAGGCAACUAACCCUUCUGUUGCUGAUUGCGUUAGCAGCAGCUGAAAAAACCCUACAUGGCUGCCGAAGCACUUGCGGAAGCGUUUCAUCAAUUCCGUAUCCAUUUGGCAUAGGCAACUCUUCUGUCACCGGUGAAAACUGUUUCUUGGAGAGGGCAUUGAUGCUCACUUGCAUAAACUCCACUUUAUAUCUCGGAAACGGUAACGUCCAAAUUCUGGACAUAACCCUCGACAGUAAAAUGGUCGUGCUUGCCUUCAUCUCGAAAGUUUGCAAAAUCGAAUCUUUUGGUAGAGUAGACACGAAAGGUAACGAAGCCAGUCUCACAACUCCGGCUUUUACCGUCUCUAGCGAGGACAACAAGUUCGUAACCGUAGGGUGCGAUACCUAUGGCUAUCUCAACAGCUUUAACAACGACAUCAGGUCUCGAAUGGGGUGCUUCACAAGGUGUGACACCAUAGAGAGUGUGCAAAGCAUGCAGGAAGAUGGAAAGUGUACGGGGAUAGGGUGUUGCCAGAUGGAUAUACCUCCUCGAAUGAAGAAUAUUAGCAUACAAGCAUUCAGCUAUUACAAUUUCAAUUACUCUUCGGACUUCAACAAAUGCGGCUAUUCUUUUGUGGCAAAAAACGGCAACUAUACUUUCUCGAUGAAACAUUUAAAAUCGGUACCAUUCGAUAAGGCUCCCAUGGUUGUUGAUUGGGCAGUUGGAAAACAGUGUUUCAAUUCCAAGGGUAAAGCAUGCAAGAGUAAUAGCGUUUGUGAGAACUCGCCCUCGGGAUAUGGCUACCGAUGCAAAUGUAAAAAAGGCUUUGAGGGAAACCCGUACCAUCCGGAUGGUUGCAAAGACAUUGACGAAUGUAAGACAGGCAGUCAUACAUGCAUAAGUGAAAAAAAUUGUCUCAACACCAACGGAUCCCACAUAUGUUUGUGUCCAAAAUCAGGAAAUGGAACAAAGGGAUCAGAAGGGUGCCACCAACAAGAAGUUGUUACCAAGGUUGUCAUAGGAGUAGGAGCGGGAAUUGUUAUUCUAUUUGUGGGGACGACCUCAUUGUACUUGAUAUACCAGAAAAAGAAACUCAACAAACUCAGAGAGAAAUACUUUCAGCAGAAUGGUGGUUCCAUUUUGCUACAGAAACUCUCUACAAGAGAAAACUCCUCCCAAAUUCAAAUUUUCACAGUGGAACAACUAAAUAAGGCCACCGACAACUUUGACGAGAGCUUAAUCAUUGGCAAAGGAGGUUUUGGCACAGUUUUCAAAGGACACCUAGCAGAUAACAGAAUUGUUGCUAUCAAGAAGUCCAAAAUAGUUGAUAAGAGCCAAAGCGAACAAUUUGCUAACGAGGUGAUUGUUCUAUCCCAAAUCAAUCAUAGAAAUGUGGUCAAACUCUUGGGAUGUUGUUUAGAGACAGAAGUUCCUUUACUGGUUUAUGAAUUUGUUAACAAUGGUACCCUUUUUGAUUUUAUACACACCGAAAGAAAGGUAAAUAAUGAAACUUGGAAAACGCGUGUAAGGAUAGCAGCAGAGGCAGCUGGAGCUCUAACAUAUCUGCACUCAGAAGCCUCAAUAGCCAUUAUCCACAGAGAUGUGAAGACUGCUAACAUCCUCUUAGAUAACACUUACACUGCAAAAGUGUCUGAUUUUGGAGCUUCAAGAUUGGUACCAAUUGAUCAAGCAGAAAUAGCCACAAUGGUGCAAGGAACUUUUGGUUACCUGGAUCCAGAGUACAUGCGUACAAGCCAACUAACUGAGAAAAGUGAUGUCUACAGCUUUGGGGUAGUGCUUGUAGAGCUGCUAACAGGGGAGAAACCAUAUUCUUUUGGCAAGCCAGAAGAGAAAAGAAGUCUCACUAACCACUUUUUGUCUUGCUUGAAAGAGGAUCGCCUAUCUGAUGUUGUUCAAGAUGGCAUUAUGAAUGAAGAAAAUAAAAAGGAGAUCAUGGAGGUUGCUAUUCUUGCUGCAAAGUGCUUGAGACUCAAUGGGGAGGAAAGGCCUAGCAUGAAGGAAGUGGCUAUGGAGUUGGAGCGAAUGAGGCUAACCGAGAAGCAUCCUUGGAUAAAUACAUUCCAAAAUCCAGAGGAGGCUCAGUUGCUUCAAAAGGGAUCAUCUAGCCUGUGUGUAUCAGGUGAUAGCGGCAGCCAUCAAUACACUGGGUAUGACAGCAUUAAUGAUCAUGCACAAAUUGCUUUCGAUGAUGGAAGAUAAUUAAUUAUGGCUAAGCAGCAUACGCUCCAGUUUGCUUCAAAGUUCUGUUACAACCUUCUGUAUUCAUGAUGAAAAAUCCAUUGAGUUGUUUUCAUGAGUGUGUAUUUGUGUGUAUUUAUGUAUUGAACUAUGUUAUGUAGUAAAGUUAAAGACUUAAAAUUAUAUAUAUGCAAUGCGCUUACUUCAAUCA